CACUUAACUCGGCAGCAUAUUAAUCGAUUGCUCAGAGUUCUUCACCAAGGCAGCAUAUAAUAGGUGAAAGUACGGAUCAAUUGAGAAGGAAAUUUUGUGAAAACUGCGCUUCUUGGUUUGGGGAAAGCUUCUAUUAUGAUCACAUAUGUGAAAAGUCCAGUUUGCAGAGAUUAAACGUGAAAGUCACUCCUAGAAUUGGUGACAAGUUCUACUGUAACCACUGCAAGAAAACAGUGAGCUAAAGUACCUUCUACGAGAAUCAGACACUAUAUGGUGAUAUUGCAUGUGGAUUCUCUAGUCAAAAUGUGGAGCUUGAGUUAGACAUGGACUCUGAUUCAGAAAAUGAAGGUGCUCUUCCUUGUUGGGAUGAUGAAGACAGGCAGUUCUUUUCAGAAGGAGAUUCUAGUGGUGGUGAAAAUGAUGUAGAUGAUGAAAUGUUACCAGAGGAGUCCUCAGUGGAAAAACAUGAAAGCUCCAUGCAAUCAGAACAGCAACUCUUGGCAAUGUUCAAAGUUGCAGACAGGGCUAUUGUUCUACUCUUAAAGUUUUUCAAGCUGUUCUUAUCUGGUAUUGGUAAGAUGAUGCAAGCAGAAGUUCUUAUUAACUUUGCCAAGAUCAUCCCAGAAACAUUGUACAUGAUUCGAAAAAAUCUUGGCCUUCAGAAGGACAGUUUUAUUAAAAAUGCAGUUUGCCUUAAGUGUAAAACUCUCUAUAAUUUUGAUGAAUGUGUUUGCCAAAGGCCAAAUGGUGAGGUUGUAUCAGCAAAAUGCAGUCAUGUGAGUUAUCCACGCCACCCACACCAAGCCCGAAGGAGGCCAUGUGGUUCCGUUCUGAUGAAAGUUAUGAGGUCAAGAGCAGGAAAGACAUUCUUGUAUCCUAGGCAGGUUUACUGCUUUAAAAAGGUUACUGAUUCAUUACAAGACCUUAUUAACAAGCCAAACUUCAUGGAAAACUGUGAAAAGUGGAGAAAUUGUUCCACUCAGCUGUCAGACAAUGUUCUUGGAGACUGUUUUGAAGGAAGAGUUUGGAAAGAGUUUCAGUAUGUGGAUGGAGAGCCCUUUCUUGCUAUACCAAAUAACUUUGCUCUCAUGUUGAACAUUGACUGGCUUCAGCCCACUCUUCAUGGUUCAAAAUCCAUUUGUGUCAUUUACAUGGUUGUAAUGAACCUUCCAAAAAAGGAACGCUUCAAACCUGAAAAUCUUAUUGUUGUUGGAAUAAUUCCUGGGCCAAAGGAUCCUAAGCAUUAUAUCAAUUCCUUCCUGCAGCCAUUAGUAGAUGACCUUAUUGACUUGUGGGAUGGAGUUAUGCACAAAGAUGCACUAUAA